AUGGCUCGCAUAACGCCAGGAGAGUCUCGGCAGAUGCCCCGAGAUCGCCAUCAGCGCUAUCCACCCAUGGAUCCUAGCAGCCAGAGCUCUCCGCAACAUGGUCGGCAGCGGUACACUGAUCAGCGGCCCUAUCAGUACCAAAGAGUAGACGGGAGCAGAAGUGAGCGGCGCCAGGCUUGGGUCGAGGAAGGGUUCAACGAGCGCGCCAAACGGGUCGAAAUUCCUGUCCCAGGUAGAGCACGGGAGGCUCUGCCUUCAAUCCAGCAGAGUUUCGUCGCAGCCUCCGAUCGGUACAUCAAGCCAGAUCCGGACGAAGAAGACUCUAAACAGCACAUCAAGCCUGAUCCGGAUGAACAGGACUCUAAACAGAACAUCAAGCCUGAUCCCGAUGCAGGGCAUGAGUCCACGCUAUCCCCUCAAACGCGGCUCAAGCCUGCCUCCGUUCAAGAGCCAGCGUAUCCUUCUCCUGCUCAACAAGCCAGUCCUACCUCCCGCCCGUGGCAUGGUCCGUGGGAUCCUGUGAAGGAAGGUUAUAUACCACAGCCUCCAAGGGUUCAGCCUCCAGUGUUCUUCAGAGAACUGAAGUGGCAGGAAUGGGAUUCGCAGCGGUACACCAAAUCCAUCAUGGACCAGCCAAGGCAGGAUGAACAGCAAUCAAACAUGCUACCAGGCUUGCAGCGGGGUAUGGACUUACGACGGGCUCUGCCUGCGACUUUCCCAACAACGGACUCUCAACAAUAUCCGAUUCAAUCGCUUGCAGAAGACAGCAUACAGGCCAACAACAGUCAGCCCUUUGGAAAAUUUCCAAACAAGCCAAACAAGGCGCAGCGUCACGGUCUUUCGCGCAGAGAAAUGAAGAGACUCAAUAUGCCCCAGGCCUUCCGGAAUCCGAAUCCUACGGGCAGGUAG